CGCACCCGUCACUCAUCUCGGCUCAGCUCUUUCCAUUACCGACGUACAUACUGAAAGCUGCUGCCCAGAUCAGCCCCCGACAUCGGUCUCUUUCGAGUACGAGAUCAUCGAUCGCGACACAAUCACAUCAAAGCCCUUCGACGCCGAGAUGUCCCAUGAUCAAGGCGAUGAGGAGGAAAGAUCUUGCUUGGUUCUCUAUGCAAGCCAAACAGGAAACUCCGAGGACAUUGCACAUGGUAUUGGAAGGAUGCUAGAGCGAAUGCAUAUCAAGAGAAGAGUUUGCGCCAUGGAUCAGUGCGAUUUGAUGGACCUCAUGAAUGAGAACUACGUUAUCUUUGUUGCAUCAACGACAGGACAAGGUGAUAUUCCUGACAAUAUGAAGCUCUUCUGGCCAGCUAUUCUGCGACGUUCUCUACCUCCUACCCUACUGGACCACCUUUCAUUUGCACUAUUCGGGCUUGGCGACUCAAGCUACCCCAAAUACAACUUCACUGCAAAGAAGCUGUACAGACGAUUAAUACAACUUGGUGCACGGCCUAUGGUGGAAAGAGGUGAGGGAGAUGAAAGCCAUCCCCAGGGCAUUGAUGCUGGGUUUGCGCCAUGGUUGAAAGAUUUAAGGCAGGUGAUGGAAGUGGAGCUGCCUUUACCGUCAGGCUUAGAAACUAUACCAGAUGACCAGCAUCUUCCGCCUACAUACAAAAUCCAGUUUGGGGAAAACGCUCCCAGCAUGAAAACAGCAUCACCAAGGAGGUUGGGUCUGACAUUUUCAGCUACUGUUACCAAGAAUGAUCGGAUCACAGCGGAUGAUCACUGGCAGGAUGCACGACACAUCGUUUUCUCUAUUUCAGCGCCUGACCUCGCAUAUGAUCCAGGUGACAUUGCAGUCUUGUGGCCAGAGAACCCCCGGAAUGAGGUGGAUCGACUUAUUGAAGUAUGCAAGUGGCAGAAUAUAGCCGACACUCCACUUGACGUCUGGCCCAAACGGAACGACGAUGAAAUACCACCCUUGCCGACGCCAUGCACGCUUAGGACAUUGGCCCGGUAUCAUUUUGACUUUAUGAGUGUGCCCAAGCGAAGCUUCUUUGAGUUACUGCGACAUUUUGUCACAAAUGAAAUGCAUGCGGAGAAACUGACAGAGUUUUGUGGUACCACCUCCGAUAACCAGGAAGAUUUAUGGGACUAUACGACAAGACCUCGGCGCAAUAUACUGGAAGUGCUUGCAGAUUUCAAGGAAACACUGUCAAUACCGGUGGAGUAUGUAUUGGAUCUCUUUCCAAUGCUGAAGCCUCGACAGUACAGUCUUGCAUCCUCAUUGAAGGCGCAUCCUGGUGAAGCACAUAUCUUGGCUGCGAUUGUGGAGUACAAAACUUCUAUGCAUAUCCCACGUGUUGGUGUUUCUUCUCGUUGGUUACAGUCAUUGAAGUUGGGAACUCAGGUGACGAUGGGUUUGAUUCGAGGAGCGAUGAAGCCACCGCGGAAGGGUAUCAAGUGCGUUAUGGUUGCGCCGGGAACAGGCGUUGCACCCAUGAGAGCACUGGUGCAGGAGAGGGUUGCAAGCGGAUGUGAUGCCAAGGAACAACUCCUCAUCUUUGGGAACAGAGAACGGGAGAAAGACUUUUUGAUGCGAGCGGAAUGGGAAGAGUACGAGGCAAAAGGGCAAUUGAGCCUGGCACUCGCAUUCUCUAGGGAUACCACAGAGAAGUUUUACGUCCAGCAUGUUCUUCGUCGCGAAUGGCGCCGCGUCGACACAUGGCUCAGGAAGGAAGGUGGAUAUGUGUACAUCUGUGGAAGUUCAGGAAAGAUGCCACAGGCUGUUCGUGAAGCGCUUAUUGAGAUCUUUCAAAGAGGGAUACAUCUUGAAAGAGGAGAGGAGCUGAGCGGUAGCGGAGCAAGGGAUGAGGCAGAGGCUGUACUGGUGGAAAUGGAAACGAAGGGCAGGUAUUUGCAAGAGACGUGGUAGAUAGAGGCAUUCGCGUACAAGACGUAUACUCCUAGAAUACACCUAAGGACAAAGACGAGAAUGACUACUCAGCAUAAACCUCCUGCACAUUCCUAAUCAACUCAUGAUAAAACUUAACCCCCUC